CCGACUCUUUUCUACAUCUGCAAUUCAGUGACAUCUGUCGGGAUAUCUGUUAAUACAAGUGAAAAGCUGAAUGUCGGGGAUGGAAAACAAAUAGAAAGGAAAUAGCUGCAGGAUGAAAACAUGGCCGCACCCCUUCUUGCACCCCCAGGACCUGACAGUUUCAAGAAAUUCACCCCGGAGUCGCUCGCUAAUAUCGAGAAGCGCAUCAAUGAAGAGAAGAACAAGAAGCCACCCAAGCCCAGAUCGGACAGUAGUCAUCGCGACACGUCUGACGACAAUGAGCCCAAGCCCAACAGUGACCUGGAGGCUGGGAAGAGCCUGCCCUUCAUCUACGGCGAUAUUCCUAAUGGAUUGGGGGGCACACCAUUGGAGGAUUUGGACCCCUUCUAUUUGAACAAGAAAACAUUUAUAGUCCUAAACAAAGGGAAAACACUCUUCCGCUUCAGUGCCACGCCCUCCUUGUACAUCUUAAGCCCUUUUAAUCUACUGAGGCGAAUAGCUAUUAAGAUUUUGAUACAUUCAUUAUUCAGCAUGAUCAUCAUGUGUACCAUUUUGACCAACUGUAUAUUCAUGACAUUUAGUGACCCCCCUGAGUGGUCCAAACAAGUAGAGUAUACCUUCACAGGUAUCUAUACAUUUGAGUCACUCACAAAGAUUGUUGCCCGAGGUUUUGCUAUCGAUGACUUCACCUUUCUCAGAGACCCAUGGAACUGGCUGGACUUCAUGGUCAUUUCAAUGGCAUAUAUAACAGAGUUUGUGGACCUUGGGAAUGUCUCGGCGCUGAGAACGUUCAGGGUUCUCCGAGCUUUGAAAACUAUUUCUGUCAUUCCAGGCCUGAAGACCAUUGUGGGCGCCCUGAUCCAGUCUGUGAAGAAGCUGUCGGAUGUGAUGAUCCUGACUGUCUUCUGUCUCAGCGUCUUCGCUCUGAUUGGACUGCAGCUCUUCAUGGGGAACCUUCGGAAUAAGUGUGUAUUCUGGCCGAUCAACAUGACCAACCAGUACCUGGAAAAUGGCAGCAGAGGUUUUGACUGGGACGCAUAUAUCAUGAAUGACACUAACUUCUACUUCCUUCCUGGUGCACUGGAUGCUCUGCUUUGUGGAAAUAGUUCUGACUCAGGACGAUGUCCAGAGGGAUUUACAUGCAUGAAAGCUGGAAGGAACCCCAACUAUGGAUACACCAGCUUUGACAGCUUUGGAUGGGCUUUCCUCACCCUCUUUCGCCUCAUGACACAAGACUUCUGGGAAAAUCUGUACAUGCUGACUCUGAGAGCUGCAGGGAAAACCUACAUGGUCUUUUUUGUCUUGGUCAUCUUUGUGGGCUCUUUCUACCUGGUGAAUCUCAUCUUGGCUGUGGUGGCCAUGGCUUAUGAGGAGCAGAACCAGGCCACCAUGGAAGAGGCGGAGCAAAAAGAGGCAGAAUUCAAGGCAAUGCUGGAACAGCUCAAAAAGCAACAGGAGGAGACACAGGCUGCUGCUAUAGCAACAUCUGCAGCUUCAGUGUCAGAGGCUGCAUUAGAGGAUGAAGGAGGGGGGCACUUGUCCCGUAGCUCCUCAGAGGUCUCCAAGCUGAGCUCUAAGAGUGCUAAAGAGCGUCGCAAUCGCAAAAAGAAAUGGCGUCAGAAAGAACAGGAGAAGGAGAAAGGAGACAGUGAAAAGGUGGUUAAGUCUGAGUCAGAUGAGGGCAGCAAGAAAAGCACCAUUCGUUUCCCAGGAAGUCGACUGGGGAGGAAGACAUCCAUCAUGAAUCAGUCUUUGCUCAGCAUCCCAGGCUCACCGUUCAUGUCGCGCCACAACAGCCGCAGCAGCAUCUUCAGCUUCAAAGGCCGCUCCAAGGACAUGGGCUCAGAGAACGAGUUUGCAGAUGACGAGCACAGUACAGUGGAGGAGAGUGAAGACCGGCGAGGCUCCCUGUUUAUACCUUACCGUCGCAACAGCUACAGUGGCUACAGCCAAGGCUCAUCACGGAUUCAUCCGCUAGCACCCCACUCUGGAGGAAAGAGGAACAGCACAGUGGACUGCAAUGGCGUGGUGUCUCUCAUCGGCCCUGGGCCUGGCAGACGGCUUCUGCCUGAGGUGAAAAUAGAUAAGGCAGCCACUGAUGACAGUACUACAGAUGUGGAGAUAAAGAAGAAACACUCUGGCCCUCUCAUGGUAUCCGUGGAUCAACUCAACUCCUCAUUCAAAGGAAAAGACCGUGCCAACAGUCAGAUGAGUGUGGUCACAAACACACUAUUAGAAGAGUUGGAAGAGUCUCAGAGGAAGUGUCCUCCCUGCUGGUACAAGUUUGCUAAUGUCUUCCUCAUCUGGGAGUGCUGUCCCAUCUGGCUGAAGAUCAAGCACAUAGUCUACUUGAUUGUCAUGGACCCAUUUGUUGACCUGGCCAUCACCAUCUGUAUUGUGCUAAACACUCUUUUCAUGGCCAUGGAGCACUAUCCCAUGACUGAACAAUUCGAAGGCGUCCUGUCUGUUGGCAACUUGGUUUUUACUGGCAUUUUUGCUGGGGAGAUGUUUGCCAAGCUGAUUGCCAUGGAUCCAUACUACUACUUCCAGGAGGGCUGGAACUGCUUUGAUGGUUUCAUUGUGACUCUGAGUUUAGUUGAGCUGGGACUGGCUGACGUGGAAGGUCUUUCAGUUCUCAGGUCUUUCCGAUUGUUAAGAGUGUUCAAGCUAGCCAAAUCCUGGCCCACUCUCAACAUGCUGAUCAAAAUCAUUGGGAAUUCAGUAGGAGCGCUGGGUAAUCUGACCCUGGUGUUAGCCAUCAUUGUCUUCAUCUUUGCCGUGGUGGGCAUGCAGCUGUUUGGAAAAAACUACAAGGACUGCGUGUGUAAGAUCGCAGAGAGCUGUAAGCUGCCACGCUGGCACAUGCACGACUUCUUCCACUCUUUCCUGAUUGUGUUCAGAGUUCUGUGUGGGGAGUGGAUUGAGACUAUGUGGGACUGUAUGGAAGUGGCAGGACAGGCCAUGUGCCUAAUCGUUUUCAUGAUGGUCAUGGUUAUUGGAAAUUUGGUGGUGCUGAAUUUGUUCUUGGCCCUGCUGCUGAGCUCAUUUAGUGCAGACAACCUCGCUGCCACAGAUGAUGAUGGUGAGCCCAACAAUCUGCAGCUUGCUAUGGCACGCAUUAGGAAAGGGAUCGCGUGGUUUAAGGCCAACAUGCAGGUUUUUGUUUCGACGGUGCUGAAGAAGCCGAUUGAAGAUGAGCAGAAGCCUCUUGAUGAAAUGUAUGAGAAGAAGCUCAACUGCAUUGCAAACCACACAGUGGACAUCAACCGUGAGCUGGACUAUCCUAAAAAUGGCAAUGGCACCACAAGCGGCAUUGGGAGCAGUGUAGGAAAGUACAUGAUUGAUGAGGACUACAUGUCCUUCAUCCACAACCCCAACCUCACUGUGUGUGUUCCUAUUGCUGUCGGCGAGUCGGACUUUGAAAACCUAAACACAGAAGACUUCAGCAGUGAAUCAGAUGUGGAGAAUAGUAAAGAUCUGGAUGACACCAGUUCGUCAGAGGGCAGCACAAUUGACAUCAAACCUGAUGUGGACGAGGUGGCAGCGGUUGAAGUUGUGGAGGAAUACCUUGACCCAGAUGCCUGCUGGACAGAUGAAUGUGUGGCCAAAUACAAAUGCUGUGAUGUUCCCAUCACUCACGGCUGGGGAAAACACUGGUGGUUCCUGAGGAAGACCUGCUAUCUGAUUGUAGAACACAACUGGUUUGAAACCCUCAUCAUCUUUAUGAUCCUGCUGAGCAGUGGAGCCCUGGCUUUUGAAGAUGUGUACAUUGAACAGAGGAAGACAGUCCGCAUCAUUCUGGAGUAUGCAGAUCGGGUUUUCACCUACAUCUUUAUCCUGGAGAUGUUGCUAAAAUGGGUGGCUUACGGCUUUGUCAAGUACUUCACUAAUGCCUGGUGUUGGCUGGACUUCUUCAUUGUGGAUGUGUCUAUAGUCAGCCUUAUAGCUAAUGCUUUGGGCUUCUCCGAUCUAGGCCCGAUUAAAUCACUCAGGACACUGAGGGCCUUGAGACCCCUCAGGGCCCUGUCACGUUUUGAAGGGAUGAGGGUUGUAGUAAACGCCUUGGUGGGUGCAAUUCCCUCCAUCAUGAACGUGCUGCUGGUGUGUCUCAUCUUCUGGCUUAUCUUCAGCAUCAUGGGCGUCAACCUGUUUGCUGGAAAGUAUUAUUACUGUUUCAAUGAGACGUCUGAGGAAUACUUUCUGCCGGAUGAGGUCAACAACAAAACCCAGUGCUUCGCACUUAUAAAUGAAAAUUACACGGAAGUUCGGUGGAAAAACGUCAAAAUCAAUUUUGACAAUGUGGGUGCCGGAUACCUGGCACUUUUGCAAGUGGCAACAUUCAAAGGCUGGAUGGAUAUCAUGUAUGCAGCAAUUGAUUCUAGAAGGGUGGAAGACCAGCCCCUCUAUGAGGACAACUUAUAUAUGUACAUCUACUUUGUCAUAUUUAUCAUCUUUGGCUCGUUCUUCACUCUAAAUCUCUUCAUUGGUGUCAUCAUCGAUAACUUCAACCAACAAAAGAAAAAGUUUGGAGGUCAGGAUAUCUUCAUGACAGAGGAGCAGAAGAAAUACUACAAUGCCAUGAAAAAACUAGGGUCAAAGAAGCCACAAAAGCCAAUACCGAGGCCUCAGAACAAAAUCCAGGGUAUGGUGUUUGACUUCGUGACGCAGCAGGUGUUUGACAUUUCCAUUAUGAUACUCAUCUGUCUCAACAUGGUCACCAUGAUGGUGGAAACGGAUGAUCAGUCAAAAGAAACAGAGGAAGUGCUUUACUGGGUCAACUUCAUCUUCAUUGUGGUUUUCACUGGCGAGUUCCUACUGAAGCUUUUUGCGCUGCGUCACUAUUACUUCACCAACGGUUGGAACAUCUUUGACGUGGUUGUGGUCAUUCUUUCAAUCGUGGGAAUGUUUCUGGCUGACCUGAUUGAGAAAUACUUUGUGUCACCAACACUCUUCAGGGUGAUCCGACUGGCUCGCAUCGGCAGAAUCUUGCGACUCAUAAAGGGUGCCAAAGGAAUCAGAACUCUGCUGUUUGCCCUCAUGAUGUCACUUCCUGCCUUGUUCAACAUUGGUCUCCUGCUCUUCCUGGUUAUGUUCAUUUUCUCCAUCUUUGGCAUGUCCAACUUUGGUUAUGUGAAACAUGGAGCUGGAAUUGAUGACAUGUACAAUUUUGAGACCUUUGGCAACAGCAUGAUCAUCCUGUUUAUGAUCACCACGUCAGCUGGCUGGGAUGGCCUGCUAUUGCCUAUUCUUAACUACCCCCCAGACUGUGACCCGUAUUUGGAGAAUGCUGGCACCCCAGCCACUGGAGACUGUGGUAACCCAUCUGUGGGAAUCUUCUUCUUUGUUAUGUACAUAAUCAUUUCUUUCCUAAUUGUGGUUAACAUGUACAUCGCCAUCAUCCUGGAGAACUUUAGUGUGGCCACUGAGGAGAGUGCUGAUCCACUCAGUGAGGACGACUUUGAGACCUUUUAUGAAAUCUGGGAGAAGUUUGACCCUGAUGCCUCCCAGUUUAUCACCUAUGCCAAGCUUUCUGACUUCGCUGAUGCACUUGAACACCCACUCCGUGUCCCCAAGCCUAACACCAUUGAACUGAUUGCAAUGGAUAUGCCUAUGGUGAGCGGAGACCGCAUCCACUGUCUGGACAUCCUGUUUGCCUUCACCAAGCGUGUGCUGGGUGACAGUGGGGAGUUGGACAUGCUAAGGCAACAAAUGGAGGAGCGUUUUGUGGCAGCCAAUCCUUCCAAGGUCUCUUAUGAGCCAAUUACCACUACUCUGAGGCGCAAGCAGGAGGAUGUAUCUGCCAGAAUCAUUCAAAGGGCCUAUCGGUCCUACCUGGCCCGACGGGGUUUUGUCUGUAAGCGCAAACCAGCCAAUAACAAAGUAGAGAAUGGUGGUAACAAUCAGGAACAAGAUAAGAAGGAGGGCACUCCCUCAACUGCCUCCCUGCCCUCUUAUGACAGUGUAACCAAACCUGAAAAGGAGAAACAGGAUGACAACAAUGAGGGCAAGGGAGAGAGGAAAGAGAAAGGAAGAAACCAAAAAGACAUCAGGGAAUCUAAAUGUUAGGGCAGUGGAUGAUUAAUCACAGUAAUAACAAUAAAGAUUAUAGUAAUGUAACUAAAAGUAAAGCGAGAGGAAACUCACCCACACAGAUGUACAGAUUAUUUCAUUUGCAAGUCAGAAAAAAUAGUAUUCAAUGAUUUUGUUUACAGACUUCAUUCCUAUAUUGAUGCAGAGGGAAGCAGCUCGGUCUGUGACAGCUCGAGGACUCUUGAACUUUCGUCAAACCAAACAUAAUCAGCAUACUGUGUGGCAUUGUUGUAUCUAGACUAAUGAUCUUAACUAAAGGAAAAGAAAACCUACAAGGAAAUGUCUGGGGCUCACCGACCACUGGUCUACAGAUAAGACAAGAAACUCUACACCAAGAGUUGGAAUGAAAAAACAGGCGUCCUCCGCCUGGAUGCAAGUAAUGGAUUCCUGUUGAAGACAGUACUGUGCAGUGAAAGCAAGGAUGCUGCUUGAUGUUGAAGUGUCUUCUUACAGCAGCCAAUGAGUGUUUCUUUGAACUGCAGUGUAUAGAAGAACAAAUGACACACUCACUUUAAAAGCAAACAGAAGGAUGACUGGUGAGUGAAAGAAAGACAAAAAUAACAGAGUGUUGACAGUACUUUUGUUUUAUUAAAGCUAGAAAUUGUUUAUUUGAGCAGCAAAAAUGCAAACGUAUAAAAAAAAAGAAGAUAUUUAACAGUUUGCCCAUGCCACUCAACUCCUCUGCUCAUUUUAUCUUUGUUAUACCCACAUCAAAAUGCUUUGUUUUUUACAUGGGCUUUCACACCAAACUGGUAAAGGGUCUGUUUAUUAUGGGGUCAACUCGGGCCAAGGGCUUACAUUUACUCUGAAAGAUUUCCAAACAAAUACAUAAAUAAUUGUGCUUGUUCAAUGCAUAGAAAUGACUUGCAUGAUGGCAUGUUUUGAUCAGAAAUCUUGCAUGAAUUAUCAUAGUCCACAAGACACUAAUACUCAGACCACACCGGUGGCUCGACGGUACAAUUGAGACAUGGUCAAAAUUUGAAAGUUUGUGGUAAUUUGUUCAACAUGGAUAAGUGAUAUGCGGGUUGAUCCAGUUUUUAGCUCAUCACUUAGACACAUUACACAUGUUUAUAUGAAUGCCUGUGUAGACAGAAGAAUGAAACACAUGAUACCGCCACAGUAGAUCAGUGGGUGGGAUGCAAACACUUUUCUUUGCUGCUCGGGAGAUUAAUGAGUGUGUAAGGUGAAGAAAAAGACGUCUGUGUGUAAAUUUGGACUGAAAUGUUUUCAAGGGCGCAAUACUUUGGAGCUAAAAAGCUUUUGUUCAUGAUUUGUAUGCAUCUAAAUGAAAUUCCAUACCAUCUGCCUUUAUGUUUGUGUGAGCAGGCAUUUUGGGAGUCCUACUGUCAGUGGUUUGUGGGGAUUUCACAGGUUUGGCAAACUCCUUUCUAUUUCUUGAUGUUUCUCUGUGGGGGGGUGAGACCUUUCUGAAAGGGCUGAGAAGAGUUUGGAUUCUUUCUUUACUUGUUUAUUUAUUUUAAUUGGUUUCUUGAAACCUAUUUACCUAAAAUGUAAAUGUAAAUCUUUCUUUUUUUUCCUUAUGUUUGUUUGUUUUCUUCCCUGAUGUAAUUUCCAUGUUUUAAUGGGUGAUGAGUCUUAUAUUACACAGUUUUAUAAGCCACAUCCAGUCAAGAGGAAAGCGGUCUUGUGCUGGAACAUUUCCGUUUGGUGUUAGUGGUGUCCUGUUUUAGUGAGAAACAUAAAAUGAUGAAUCGAUGAUGAGAACAUUGUGUGUGGAGAAGCCAAAGAGAUCUGCCUUGUUAUCCCUUGUUGCCCUUUGUCCAUGGAGUGGGACUGGGUGCCCAUUCUGUUUUUUUGUUUGUUUGUUUGUUUUGAUUUGUUUUUGUUUUGUUUUUUGUUUUUUAUUUAUUUAUUUUCGCUGUCGUUAUUAGACAGAAAGACCCUAGAAAUGUAUGCAAUGCUUGAAAAAUCCAUCCCUUUUUCUCAGGAGAUAUUAUAGAUGUACUAUUAUGAGCUCUGCAACAAAAUGCAAGUGAAUGUGAUGGGAGUAUUUAUUGUAUCAUGUUUUACACUUUUGUUUUAUGCCAUGCUGGUGGACAGUGAUCUCAGCUGGCUCUCCCUGUGUGACAGCUGCUCAGUCAGGGGCCAGUUUGGUGCUUCCUGCUUACGAUGCUUAGAACUAUAGGGCUAAAGGCAUCUCAGUGGAAUAGCAACAUUGCGCUUGCUUAUAAUGGGCGACUCUUAUUGAUAACAGAUUACAUUUUUGGCUUAGUCGUUACAAAUUGAAGUGUGGCAUCAAUUAAUUUCAGUAAACAAAUAACAAAGUUCACCCUAAAAGCAAACACAGAUGCAGGAAACACUGUGAGGAGAUGUCAUGAAAGUGAAUUGGGAUAUGUUGGUUUGAGCAGCACACACACAGAAGUGGAAUGCUCAGUGGAUAGGCUCCAAAUUUCAGUUGUCAACAACAGCAAGUGCUCUGAGCCUUUCAUUUACCCAUUUUCUUCAUAUUGCUAUGUUGCAUAACAAAUACCAAAUAACCAACAGAGCACUGGAUGCAUUCUCAUGGUACUGUGAGCCUAAGCACCACACCAGAGCUUUUGCACUUCCUGUUGUGCAGUGAUGUCACUUCCCUGUUUAUGAAUAACUCCCUCAUCCGUUUUCAAGUUUCCAUGGUCCAGUUGCUGCAUGAGAUCUCCAAAAUCAGUGUGGGUGUUAACAUGAACCAAAUAAAACUCUGAAUGACAAGCAUAAAAGCUACUGCCGUCCAUUUUCUCCAAGAUCUCCACAGAAACAAAAAGUAUGACA